AUGUCGUCGCAUUCGCCGUCGCAUUCGCCGUCGCAUUCGCCGUCGCAUUCGCCGUCGCAUUCGCAUCCACGCUUGCUUGAUAUGUCGCUGGAGGUGACAGCAGCCUGCCUAGGUUCUCUAGACGCGGUCUCGCUAGUCACCUGUCGUUUGGUAUGUAAAAGGCUAAAGAGAGUUGUCGAUACGUCGGAAACAUUGCGCUACAUCUUAGCUCUGCAUAUGUGCGGCAUGCAUGACAAUCCCAUCGUCUCUUCUUCCGUCCCUUUACUUGAUCGAGUGAAUCGUCUGAGAGACUAUGACGAAGCGCGUAGGGCGUUGUCUUUCAGCGCCUAUUGCGAUAUCGCUCUGCCCUCAGACAGUCGCGUUGUCGUAUCCGGCGGCUACGUCGUUGCCAUGGGCGCAAGAAGAGUGACCGUACAUCGACCCGCGUCGAAGCUGCGCGGUAUACAGGCUCGCACUUCGUCCUUUGCCGUUGAUUAUCGAGGCACGGAUGCAGGCGUAGAUUCCAGUCAGGAUCUGCUUGCCAUCGUGUCGGAGAUAAAUGACCACCCGCAAGAGUUACAUCUGCUGUCCUUACGCACUGGAGAACCCCAUCCGUCAGCAUUCAAGAACGACCUCAAUCUGGGCGGGUACUAUCCUCAUAGCAUCAUCGGCGACCGCAUAUUCUACGCAAAUAGAGUUUAUGACUGGAAAUCCGGAAAGACGUGUAGCUUUGAUACAGACGCGCUAGUUGUCCUGAACGAUGAACAUGCGUUGAAGUUCGAUUAUGACGAAGAUCACUUACUCGCCAAUGAGGCCGGCUGGCCAUGCCCCAUAUUCAAAGUCUAUCAGGUUCCGGAACUGACGGACGGGGAACUCUCGACUUUAUCGUCCGCAUUGGAUGAAGAAGACCAGUCAGAGCCGGACGCUAUGCUAGAGCCGACUCGCGGCAUCCUUACAUUCCCUUGCUUCUCCUCCCUCACCCUGCACCAUAGCACGAUGGUUGAAUCGGACGACACGCUCACCCCCUACGCUGUGGACCAAGACGGCAUCUUCUACCCAAGAGCCGAUGAACGCCUUCUCAGGGUCGAUAUUGUCUUUACUGGUUACCAAGGGGAUGACGUUAAUCCCUCGAUCUCGGUAGUGCUCUCAAGAUCGUCUCUGUUGCGAUACGUGACUUCGUCCAGUGUUCUUCCUUCCCGCGUCCCAUGGAACGCAUGGAGCGCGCCUGCUUUGAUCGGUCCCAGCCGCGAUUACCCCUACAUGCACGGCAAAGCCAUUCGCGCUCUUGUCGACGAACGAGUGGACGUUGAAGAACUGUACUCUGUUGGUUACCGUAGUGACACGAGCGAAGAAGAAGAAGAUUACUGGGAGCCCGAGCAGGAACGCCAGUCGAAGCCUCGCCCUAUCCGAGUUCGCGACUACCAUCGCCGGCGAACCUCUCGGCCCUUGCGUCCUUCUAACGAGUCACCUGCAGCUGUCACUGCGGGAGUGCACAAAAGCUAUCUCAGAAAGGACUGGAUCAUGAAGGCUAGUUCUGCGAAGGAGUACAAGCGAUACGAGCAGGAACAGAACGAUGAGGAAGCGGACUCGGAUGAGGGAGAGGACGAUUUCAAGGGAAAAUGCCGAUUUGAUAUCUGGGAAGGUGUUCGUCCAACGCUCCCGGUCAACACCAGUUCAUGGAAGCACACUACCACGGUCCGCGAUCCACCACCGGAGCUGGAGGGUAAAGCGGGCGGAAAAUACCUACUCCUUGACGAUGGACUGGUCUACGUGGAGAAACGAGCAGACGGCGUUACAAUGCAUAUCUUCACCUAUUGA